AUGCAACAUUCUUCGGUGAAACCAGUACCAUUAAAUAAUCUUUUAAAACGAAGGGAAAAUGCUAAAGUUGGUGGUACAAAUUUGGAGGACGAACAGAAUACAUUCCGAUCUAUUGUAAUGCAAACAGAUGUUUUACAUGAUCAAAAAGGCACAGUUUAUGUUGAAUUUGGUUCAACGAAAAUUAUUUGCUCAGUUGAUGGUCCAAAAGAAAUAACGAAAAGUACAGAUGUCGAUCCAACGGAAGGACAAAUUUAUGUUUUCUUGAAGAAUGUUUCAGCAGAAAGCAAUUCUGUCUCAGGUUCAAAUUCUUUCUCAGCUUCAAAUAAAGAAAACAAUAGAAUACGUAAUGCCAUUGAGUCAGCGUUACGAUCAAUUGUUUGUUUGGAAUUAUUUUGUAAAGCACAGAUUGAUGUUGAAAUAACUGUUCUCAAUGAUGAUGGUGGUGUUUUGGCAGCUUCUUUAAUAGCUUCUUCAUUGGCUCUAAUCGAUUCUGGUAUUCAAGUUUAUGAUGUUUGUGUAGCAGCUCAUAUUGUUAUGUUAACUGAUGGACGCAUCAUUGUUGAUCCAUCAAUUAGCUCAUUUCCACUCUCUUCCAUACCUGAUUCAGAGGAUUUCCCUAGAAAUGCUCAUCUAUCAGUUACCGUUGGUAUCAUGCCAUCAUUAAAUCAGUUAACAUGUUGUGAAUUUAUUGGCAUUGCAGAACCUCACCAAUUAAGGCGUGCUAUUGCUGUAGCCGUAGAAAAUUCAUUGAAAUUAUAUCCUUUGGUGCGUAAAACACUUACCAACAAGUGA